AUGACUUCUGUAGCCCGGAAUGGCACUUAUGUUAUCAAUAACAGAGCAGCGCCACCUGUUGAUGGUCUUACAGGAAUUAACCGACAAAAUAUCAUGCGCCUGAAAAUCAACAGAGUUGCUCUUGUUCAGGAACUCAAAGUGGAGCAUGUCAGUGGAAUGUUGAUAAAAAAUGGAGCCAUUGAUGUAGAGGAUAUGAACAAAAUAAACAGUGGCACCUCUCCACAAGAAAAGACUCGGAUACUGCUGGAUCUGCUGCCAACAAAAGGGAACACAGCUUGGUACAGACACUUCAGAGAAGCUCUACAGAACCCCGAUGCUGAUCCUGAAACUCGCAGAAGAUACAGAGUUCUAGUUAACUUUCUGGACAAUGCAGUGAUUCACCGGCCACUGUCUCAGAUGACCAGAUUUAGGGACAGGUACGGUUCAAGGAAACAAGUGCAGAAAGCCGAUGAGCGAAAUAGUGUAGCUAGCCUUCCAUAUUACUUGCCACUGCCAGACAUUCAACAACAAUGCGGCCAAAACAAGAAAGAAGAAGUGUUGACUUAUUUCAGGGCAGACAAUGUGGACAUUUUCAGUAAAAAGGUCACAGACAAGGAGGCUGGUCACCCAAAGAUCCAUUCUACCAACCACCGUGACAUGACACUUGUGCAAGGCCAGUUCUUCCAGUGGUUUCCUACUCCUGACAACUUUAGGUCAUUACUAGAGAUUCCCGAGGGUCACAAGCAGAGACUGGCAAGCUCAGACAACUCUGAUGACCAAGUACUCCUGGACAAGGAAACAAUGGUUUUAAAUAUUCUGAAAAGGGUUGAGGUGACUGCUGCCUUAGUUCGGCAUAAAUGUCUGCCACCUGGAUUUGAACUGUGUUUGUCUGAUGCGGUACAGGAUCUUUUGAAACAGCCAGAGCUGUACCAUUUGUAUCUUAAGCAUAUUCUGAUCCUCGAAGCUGCUGAUGUGAUGAUAGUGGAAGAGAUCAGUUCUUCAUACAAUGAUGUCCUGCAAACUGUGAAUAACUCUAAUGUACCAGAAAUGGUAAACCAAGUUACACAGACAGGACUCAAGAUGGCCAGUUUGCUGAUAGCAGUCAAUAAGUUCUCAAAAGCUGCCAGUGUGCUCAACAGUUUAAUACAGUUUCUCAGGCAAAGGCCAAACAUGGAAGUCUGGGUUCCUCAGUUCCAGGCAUAUAUCAAACUCAUGCAUGCCUGGAACUUAGCCUGUCGACCGGAUAGAGCAGAGGUGGCCUACUUUGAGGCGGUCCAGAUGCAGUAUCAGAUUACUAUGAUGUCCUUUGGUCAAAGCGUGGUGCACUAUGGUGCUAUGCAUGCAGAAACCAGCCAUAUGUUGUUAGAGCAUGGCUCCAUUAGUUCAGCUUAUGGAUGGUCCAGGAAAGCUCUCAGGGAAGUCAACCCAGAAGAUUCAGCCUCAGUUUUGAGGGUUCUGUGUGUGACCAUCAAUGCUUGUUGUGCCAACUGGCUUGUCAGGAAAGCAGAACUCUUGUCUGUCUAUGCUGUACAGUAUGCCAGGAGUAAGUUUGGAGAGAGACACCCACUGUACAUUGAGGCUCUGCUUCAUUUUUGUCACUUCAGCAAUGAGUUUAAGUGGGAUUCAAUUGGUCUACAUGUAGCCAGGGACGUUCUUGAUGCUGCAGAAAAGACAUACGGUUGUGAGAGUUUGCAGGUGGCUCAGGCACACUGCUGUGUGAGCAGAGCUUUAAUGUGUAUGCAGAUGGUGGAUACAGAUGACUAUUAUACACAUGCCAUGGAGGCAGUUCGGAUCUCCAGACUGAAUCUAGGCCAACACUCGCCACUCCUGCACAGUUUUCUACAUACUUUUGCAUAUGCUCUACAACUAAAAGCCUUACAUUGUCCAGAGGAAGUCGUUGAUUCAACACUGCGAUGGGCUGAGACUGAAGCCAAGCAAGCUUUGAACUUGGUAACCCAACAAUUUGGAGAAAUCAGCCUCAAAGUGGCUCAGAUUUUACUUUUGCUGGGACAGAUUAACUGCAAAAUGAACAAACCUGACGUUGCGGAGUCAUAUCUCAAACAGGCCGUGGACUACCUGAAACUCUGCCAACCUUCCUUCAGCAAUUACCUCCUCUUGGGCAUGGCCAACCUGGCCAGUUUCUACAAAAUUAUCCUCAGGCCUGAACUGGCCAUCCCAAGGUUCCAGUUUGUUGUUGAUCACAUUGAAACUACUGACUGGUACUGCAAGUGGGUGCAUGAAUGUUUUGAAGAGCUAUCACAGCUUUACCAUUCACUUGGCCAGGAGGACAGUGCAGAGGCAGUCCAGUAUAAACUGUCCCAGUGGCUGAAAGUCAAUCCAAUGAACAAUAAGCCUGUGGAAUAUUCCAGACUAAAACAAGAACCAGAGGCAUUUGAAUCCUUUCUGGCAAAAGCUGAUUUGUGGACUUUUAUUGUGCUGAAAGUUCUGGAUGCCCCCAUGAAGGUGUCAGCUGAUUCACAGAGUGGUGAAGAAGUCUAG